AUGGCGGAACGCAAGCGGCAAGAACGCGGUCCUGUUGGCAGCGCGCCUCCAGAACCGUCUCCCAGACCUAACCGUCCGCAGCAGACGCAUUCCGGGCCGCUCGCUCCCCGUAAAAAGUCCGACACGGGCCCGAAUAAACAAACGCCUUCGGCGUCGCAAAAGGCGGAUGGCCCGCCGCGAGCCAGCGCCAGAGGCGCGUUCCCUCGCUCCAGCAGCAUGGGAAGCCCCGUCGUGCCAAACGAAGAGGUCAGCGAACCCCCGCCGAUGGUUCAGCGCGCGUCGACCGGAUCGCGGCAGCUAAAAGUCAACCCAGUCAACGAUCCGAGUGUGGCUGAAACCGCGACAACGCCCACGGGAAGUCAAGAGAAAAAGAAAGGGCUUUCGUUUCUCGGCGGUUUAAGUUUUAAAACCGCCACAUCCUCGGAUAAAAGCCAGACGACCACUUUAAGGACGUAUCCCGAUUUAAAACCGUGCGUUGUCAAAGGUAACAAACUGCGGCGCCGGCAACGAGACCCAUCAGAACCCAGAAAAAAGGUUUCUUUCAACGAGAAGAUCGAGGUCGCGGUGUGGGAGGUGGAGGAGGAGGAAAACGUCACGGAAUCCAAAUCGGCGAAUAAAGGACGUGGAUUCUUCUUAUCCAAGGUGCUGACUGGCGCAGCUAGCAGUCUGCUAUCGCAGGGGUCGAAGAAACCGCUUCCCAAGGAUCUUCCGCUUCAGAUUGCACCUAAGAAGAAAAAGGGUGAAGCGGGAAAGGCGGGGAAGGCGGGGAAGGAUCAAGCGGCGUCGGGUGAGGUUAAGUCGGCGAAAGCGCGACCAGCUCCUGGUGCGAAGCGCGCCACUCCGCCCGUCGCGGGUGCCAAGCCCAAAUCUGCAGGCGGAAGACCUGGCCCCCCUGCGCAGAGGCCGCGGCCGGCGGGCGCGGAUGCGCCAGGGAUGGGGGAGAGGCGGAUGCGGCCGCCUCCGCCUGCGGGAAGCAGUGGCGGCGACGGCGGACCCCGGGGACCCCCUCGCGCUGGCGCUGGACGCGGGCAGGCGGGAGCGGAGAGACCGGCGGAAGGUCGGCAAAGAGAUCGGGGGGAGAUGCGGGGAAACAUGGGCGGGCCGGGGCAACCGGCGGGGCCCCCGCGGGACAUGGCGCAGCAAGGGGGUCAGCAGCAGUGGGGCGGGAGUGGUGGAGGGAUGGGCGCGCAGGGAGCGAGCAUGAGCGGGCAGGGGGGCAUGGGCGGACAGGGGAUGGGGAUGAUGGGGCAGGGGAUGAUGGGAGGGGCGGGAAUGGCUGUGGCAGGACCGCCAAUGGGGAUGCAGAUGCAAGGAGGUAUGGGGGCGGGGAACCAAGGUAUGGGCAUGGGCGGCCCAGGCGGCGGAGGGUAUAGUCAGCAAUGGGCGGGGGGUGCGGGGAACGCGGGGGGCGGCGGCGAGUGGGACUAUGAGCAGGAGGGGGAGUGGGGAGAGGUGGAAGGGGAGGAAUACGAGGAUGAAGAGGAGGAGCUGGAGGAUGGGGAGGAUUAUGAGGAGGAGGAGGAGGAAGAGGAGGAAGAUGAGGAAGAAGAGGAGGAGGAGGGAGAGGAUGAGGAAGAAGAGGAGGAAGAAGAGGAGGAAGAGGGUGAGGAGGAGGAAGACGAGGGGGAGGACGAGGAGGGUGAAGAGGGGGAAGAGGAGAACAGUGCUAACUGGUCGCACGCAGGGGGUGGUUACCAGCAGGGGCAGAUGGGGCCAUCUAUGCCUGUCGGCUUUGGGGUUCCUCCUGGCAUGAUGGCCCCGCCUCAGGGGUACUCCAACGCAAUGCCUCCAGGUUCCGGGCCUAAUUACCCAGGCUUUCAACCCGCGCGCGGGUACCCCCAGCAGGCGCAGAUGGGGGGCAUGGCGGAUGAUCUCUAUGGCGGAGGGAAUGGGGGCGGCGGAGGGAUGUGGGGGCCGCAGAUGGGGGGAAUGGCGCCCCAGGGUGGGGGGAUGGGGGGGCCCGGGGGCGCAGUGGGGGCUGUUGAUGACGACCUCUACGGGGGCGGGGGGAGCUGGGGCGGGCAACAGGACAUGGGCGGAAUGCAGGGGGGAAUGCAAGGGGGAAUGCAGGGGGGCAUGCAGGGCGGAAUGCAGGGCGGAAUGCAGGGCGGAAUGCCGGCUGAUGACGCCCACGAGCAGGAGCUGGAUCAGGCCCGCGCUCUCCCUCCCGGCAAGCCGGCAGUCACACGAAGCACAGCAUUCGUCUUUGAAGACCUUGGCCUGCAGGUGCAACCUUCUGGUGUCAGUACACUACCGAUUCGUUUGGACAUUGCCGUGUUCCCCGUCGCAGACAGGCCAACCGCAUUAGUCGCAGGUCAAAGGUUCUCCGUGGAAAUGCUUAAAAACGGACGAUUAAGUUCGAAGUUUCUCGACGAGCUUCCUGAAGGCGCCAUGGACGUGACGGCGGAUAUUAAAGUGCUGGUGGCGAUGCGGGACGACCAGCAUUGCCGAGAAGCUCUAGACUGGACGAUUAAGGAGUUCGGGAAGCGCAAGGAUACAAGCGUGUGUUUGCUCCUCACGCAUAUCGUCACGGAGCUUCGCAACACAGCGGGCAAGCUGGUGCGCCUAAGCGAGGCGGACAGCCCGAGCGUGGCGGUGCACAUAUGCGACCGCGUGCUGCCGUACCUCGAGAGUCUGCAGGACGUCAGCGAUGAUGCGGGGCUGCCAUCCACGGUGCACGUGAUCAAGAACGAGGACAAAGGCGCCGCCAUUCUCGAGGCGGCGCAGAAGCUGGAGGCGACGCACGUCGUGCUGGCCAGCAUUCCCAACAAGCCCAUCGGCGAGUGGAAGACCAUCAAUGUGUGCGCGAGGGAGGAGGUGCUGCCGCCCGGCGCGACGCUCUAUGUGGUGCAGAGCGGCAAGAAGCUCAAGACCGUGCAGAGCAAGGAGCAGGCGCCUGAAAAGCCCGCCCCUCCCCCAGCGCGCGUGUUCCACGGCACAGCGCUCAACAAGAAGCUGCCAGACAUCCAGGAGGGGGGAAGCGGUAUUCAGGACGAUGCAGAGGCGCAGGGGGGCAGCGGGGCAGUGGACGGGGAAGGGGACGCGGACGCGGGAGGCAAGGAGGCUGCAGCAGAGGGGGAAGCGGAGGGGGAAGGGGCAGGGAAGGCGGAAGCGGGGGCGGCGGAGGGGGGAGGGGAGGGUGCGGGGAAGAACGAGGAGGGACUGUCCGCGCUGGAGCUGGCGAGGCGGGCAUAUGCUGCCAAGGCGAAGGCUGCUGCUGGGGCAGGUGGCGGGGGGGGAGGGUCUGGGGGCGUUGCGGCAGCCGGGGCAGCAGCAGGAGGCGGGGCAGCAGCGGCAGGGGGGGCGGCGGGAGCGGGAGUGCCACCCAAGGACCGACCGAGGAAGAAAAAGCCAUCGGCUGGCGCCAAGGCUCGCCUUGAGAAGAAGAUGGCGGAGCGAGAGAGCUCCUCCGGGCGCAAGGUCCCCUCAGACAAGAACCCGCUGACGAGGCCGCUGCAGGUGGUGGAGCCCGCAGAGGGCACACAGCGACAGCCGUUCCGCGAGUUCACUUUGGAGGAGCUGCAGGCGGCCAUCGAGCACUUCUGGCCGAAUCAUGUGUGCGGCGAGGGCAGCUAUGGCGUGGUGUAUAAGGGCAUGAUCGACGGGCAGACCGUGGCUGUGAAGCAGCUCAAGAACCCCGAUGUGAAGGCUGCUCUUGAUGAGAUCGACAGGGAGAUGGAGGUGCAGAAGCGCAUAGACCACCCCAACGCGGUGCGCCUGGUGGGGUACUGCAGGGAGGACCGCUCGCUGGUCUAUGAGUUCAUGGCCAACGGCUCCCUCGAGGACCGCCUGCUCUGCAUCGGAGGCGUGCCGCCCCUGCAGUGGCCUGAGCGCUGCCGCAUUGCCAUGGAGAUCGCAGCAGGGCUGCAGCACCUGCACACGCGCAAGCCCCCAAUAGUCCAUCGCGAUGUGAAGCCGGCCAAUGUGCUCCUCGACGACCACUUCACCGCCAAGCUCGGGGACGUGGGGCUCGCCCGCCUCAUGGGAGACCUCGCUCCCGGCCACUCCCACGUCGUGCGGAAGUCAGUUAUCGUGGGGACCGAGCACUAUGUAGAUCCUGAGUAUCUGUGCGCGAGGAGGGGGUAUCUCGGGCCGAAAUCGGACGUGUAUUCGUUCGGGGUGGUGCUGCUGCAGAUGCUGGUUGGGGAGGUUCCGAACCUGAAGAGGAUCGAUGCUAUGGUGGAAAAGGAGGAGUUGGCAGUGGUGCUGGAUCCCAGGGCUGGUGAAUGGCCGCCGAACCUGGCGCUGGACCUCGCGAACCUGGGGCUGUGGUGCGCGGAAAUGGACCGCCGAGAUCGGCCGGAUCUGACGGAGGAGGUGAUUCCUGCGCUGAUGGAUAUUUGCGAGGCGGCGGCCGAUGCGGUGGUGGACGAAGAGCGUCACUCCGAGAUCGACCACCGUCUCGCAGCGAGCGUCGCCGCAUCCGCCGCUAGCCGUUUCAUUCCCGCUCACUCCCCGCGACUCGCUGCACUGUCCGCAUCCACCGCUCUUGCCGCCGCCAUGGCCGCCGCGCUCAACCGCCGCGGCUUCUCCCUCGCGCGCACGGCGCUCCCGCAGCUCCGCGCGCUGACGACCUCCGCGCAGCGCUCCGCAGUGGGGAAGGCGGAAGCGGCGGAGGUAUCCGGCAUUCCCAAGGAGCAACUCCAGCGGAAGGUGGUGGUGUACAGUCCCGCGCGAGCCGCGUCGCAGCAGGGCAUGGGGCGGCAUGGACAGUGGAAGAUCCGAUUUGAUACCACGCAGAAGUGGGAGAACCCCCUCAUGGGGUGGACGUCAACAGCGGACCCCAUGGCAUGCGUGGCUGACUCCGCACUCUCCUUCAACUCCAAGCAGGACGCCAUUGACUUUGUUGAACGCCACGGCUGGCAGUACCAGGUCCUCGAGCCGCAGAAGCCAAUUAAGAAGCCCAAAUCAUACGCGGACAACUUUCGCUGGAGAGGCCCUGCCACUUCGGACAAGCAGACUUCCAUGGCUGACGUGGCAGCGGCUGGGUCCCACGGCAAGCCAAGUCAACGGAAACCGUCUCGGCCCCGGCAACACCUCGUUGCCGGCUCGCCGCGAUUUCGCCUUCGCCGCUCGCUCCAUUCCCUCCUCCUCCCCCUCUUCCUCUCCGCCGCCUUCUCCCCCGCCCCCCGACAAAUCUCCGCAAAGGCGCGCUUGCAAGGCGACCAAUGCGCGCUGCUGGCGGAGCAGCUGGCGGCGACCGCGCGCGUCGUCCCCGGGACCGCCGGCGUGGGUUUCGCGACGCCGUCGCAAACAAAGGACUGCCUCCGCUCGUUCCGCUUCGUCGCGUCGCGCGACAUCCCCGUUAUAGACUCGAUCAUCAACGGUCUGGCCAGCUUCUACGUGUACAGACACAUCGCGGUUAACUCCCCCGACCCGUGUCUCCCGAGCGACGUCGACAUAGUAUCCUACCUGCGCGCGAUUCGAGAGAAGGCGUUAGCGGGGAAGGGGAUCAAGAGCCUGAUGCGCUCCGCGUGCUUCCACCGAACCGCGUCCUACUACCUCCCGCUGCCGCUCGUCGCCGUCGUUGAGGAUGUCCUCCUGGAAGGCUUGGACGUAGCAGCGUUGGUCCUCCACCAGUUCGACUACUACCGCUACGAGGGCGCGCAGGUGACCACCAUCAACGGCGCCCCCGCAAUGGACUACCUGCUGGAGUGGGCGGGGCGCUACGUGGGGCGUGCGCUUCAACCUGCUGUUUUCCCCCUUUCCCCUCCUCCCGUCCCCCCUUCCGCAGUGCUACUAGAGGGCCUAGACGUGGCGGCGCUUGUCUUGCAUCAAUUCGAUUAUUAUCGCUACGAGGGUGCUCAAGUCACCACCAUGAAUGGUGCCCCCGCAAUGGACUACCUGUUGGAGUGGGCGACUUUUGAGACGUCUCAAAAGCUGGGCACCGUGACAGGAGUUGCCACUCACUCCGUUUCUUUCCCCCCUCUUUCUGUCCGUUUCCACUCCCCCAGUGCUGCUAGAGGGCCUAGAUGUAGCUGCGUUGGUGCUCCAUCAGUUCGACUACUACCGCUACGAGGGCGCGUAGGUCACCACCAUAAAUGGCACCCCCGCCAUGGACUAUCUGUUAGAGUGGGCGGGGCGCUACGUGGGGCAGUACCGCGAUGCGGGCGUGCGCUUCAACCUGCUGUUUUCCCCAUUUCCCCUCCUCCCGUCCCCCCUUCCGCAGUGCUACUAGAGGGCCUAGACGUGGCAGCGCUGGUGCUGCAUCAAUUCGAUUAUUACCGCUAUGAGGGCGCGCAGGUCACCACCAUCAACGGCGCCCCCGCUAUGGACUACCUACUAGAGUGGGCGGGGCGCUACGUGGGGCAGUACCGCGACCCUGGCGUGCGCUUCAACCUGCUCUUUGCAAGGCGGGUUGUGUCCAAGGCGACGGGCGCGGUGAUUGCGACUCAGGGCGCGUUCGCACAGCGGAGUCUUGCGCCGACGAAUGACAGUGUUGUGGUGGAGCUGCUGCUGGCGUGA